AUGCUCUGUGCGCGAGGCCUGGAGGAGCAGUCCUCUGAAGAAAAGGGCUGCAAGGGAAGUGGGGCUGCUGGGUCGGCCGGCGGUAUGCAGAGUGCGCAGCCUCCGCGGCCGGAUACCCCCCAAACCCAGGCGAAGGCGCCUUAUCGCCCCUUCUGCUUAAGCGUGAAAGGCCAAGUGAAGAUGAUGCGGCUGGAUGUUAUCAAUUCAUUGGUGACAACAGUAUUCAUGAUUAUUGUGUCUGUGUUGGCACUGAUACCAGAAACCACAACACUGACAGUCCUUGGAGGGGAUCUUAUCAACAGCAUCAUUACAGCUGUGUUCCUUUUAAUAGUUGCCAUCUUGGCGAUGCAGGAAAAGAACAGAAGGAAGUUGUUCUAUACUGGAGGGUCCCUGUGUCUUGCAGCUGCAACCGUGUGUCUCAUCGAUGCGUUUGUGGUCACCAAGAAGAUGAGGACAACCUUGAAAACAUUCCUGCAAAUCAAUGUGGAAAAAAAGCAAGUCCACCCGUCAGGACACUCGCAGAUGCACCUAUCUUCAGCCCAUCACACCCCUACCAACUCCUGA